UUCUUUCUUGACUGGAGAUGAUAUUUUUUUAGCUCAACGAUGAAAAAGAAUCCAAUGUUAAUAUAAUAUAUGUAUGUGUCAAGAAAAAAAAACAAAGCAACAGCCAAGCUUUUUAGAAUUGGGAGAUAACAUGUCUAUGAAUAAAACAAGGCGAGCAAAGCAAAGUAUUGUGAUUUCUUCUCCCUCUUGCCUCACACAAUCACUACUCUUACAUGGCUUCUUCUGAUGAAUUGAAGUAUCAAGUUUUCUUGAGCUUCGGAGGUGAAGAUACGUGACUUCACCGGCCAUCUACUUCAAGCUUUGAAAGACACCGGAAUGAAUGUCUUCUUCGAUGAAGAAAAAUUGGAGAAAGGGGUGCAACUUUCACACUCUCUCUCCCAAGCAAUUGCAGCCUGCAAUAUCUCGAUAAUCGUCUGGUCUGCCAACUACGCUUCUUCGAAAUCAUACUUAGCCGAACUCUCUUACAUCAUGGUCAUGGGGCGCAAGGUCUCUCAACAACAUACUGCUCUUCCCAUCUUUUACCAUGUUGACCCUUCCGAUGUACGAAAUCUCGGUGGAAGUUUCAGAACAUCCUUUGAAGAGCAUGAACCAAAUAGGCCACUUGAUGAGGUCAAGCGAUGGAAAGCUGCAUUUGUUGACAUCGGUAAAUUAAAAGGGUGGCAUAUAGACGGAGGCAAAUCCGAUAGACCUGAUUCCGAAUACAUUAAAGAUGUCGUUCAAUAUGUCAUAGAAAAGUUGAAUAAUAAGUCUAGAAGUGUUUAUGAAGAAUUGGUUGGUAUAGAUGAUCAGAAAAAGAUGAUUUUGAAGCUGAUCAAACAAGGAGAUAAUAGACUAAUAGAACUUUGGGGAAUGGGUGGUAUAGGCAAAACAACCCUUGCUGAAGCUGUGUAUAAAGAAAUCUCUCAUAUGUUUCAAGGUCGUUAUUUCCUUCAAAAUGUUAAAAGAGAGAAUAGAGAAACAGGGAAAAGAUUAAACUCAAAAACUUGUGUAGACACCCCCUCCAUAGGGUCAACUUUAACCCAACAGAGGCUCAACAACAUAAAAUCAAUUCUUGUACAUGACGAUGUUAAUGACUCCGACCAAAUAGAUUUCAUGGGUGUUAAAUAUUUUGGCGAAGGAAGUAAAAUUAUUGUAACAUGGAGAGGUAGGCAAGUGCUUAAGAAUGGAGGAGCUGACGAAAUACACGAGGUAAAGAAAUUAAACAAGGAUGAUUCUCUUAUACUGUUCUCUUCAUUUGCAUUCAAGAUGUUGAAUCCUGCUGUUGAUUUUCAAGAUCUAUCAUACAAGUUUGUGCAGUACGCCCAAGGCAGUCCACUUGCUCUUAAAAUCUUGGGUUCUAAACUAUAUAAAAUGUGCAGAAAAGACUGGGAAAGCGAGGUAGAUAAACUAAAGGAGUAUGCACAGCCAAAGAUUUUACAGAUUUUGAAGAGUAGCUAUGAGGGGCUGGAUGAGCUAGAGAAGAAUAUAUUUCUUGAUAUAGCAUGCUUCUUUAACUGGGAACACAAGGAUACUGUAGAAACAAUUCUAAGUGGUUACUAUAAGGGUGUAGUAAGUGGAAUAAACAAUUUGGUUGAUAAGUGCCUACUUGAUGUCGGAUAUUUUGGAAGUAUUUCUAUGCAUGAUAUGCUUGAAGAGAUGGGCAAGGACGUUAUUCACCAAGAAUCUAAAGACACUGGAAAACGCGGUCGAAUAUGGAAUCCCAAAGAUGUGAAUCAAGUGCUCAGAUAUAAUAAAUAUUAUCCCUUCAAAUCUUUGUCACCGAGUUUUAAUCUAAAAAAUCUUCUUGUGUUGAGAUUACCAUACGGUCAUAUGGAACAACUUUGGAAUGAAGAUAAUCAGGAUCUUGUUAAUUUAAGGACAACUGAUCUUAUUUAUUGCAAGAAACAAAGGAAGAUCCCCAAUCUAUCGGAGCCAUCAACCUUGAAGGCAUUGUAUGCAUAGGGUGUGAAAA